CUAACCGAGCCGACUACUCUCUCCUCUCUCUCUCUCUCUCUCUCUCUCCGUAGCAGCAGAAGAAUACGAGGCAUCGACCAUACAUAGACCGAUGCUUGUAGGUGCGAAGCGCGUCAAAGAUCAGAAACAACAAAUCUCUCUCUCUCUCUCUCUCUCUCUCUCUCUCUAUAUAUAUAUAUAUAUUAUAUAUAAAAGCAUAUCAGAUUUUCUGAUAAUUCAUUCGGGUUGUGGAAUCCUAGUUUGGGACAGUUCAUUUCUGAGCAGUUCCAAUGGCUGGGCGGUGCUUGUUAGCGGUGGCGGCGGCGGCGGCGGCCCUGGUGGUUUUGAGCUCGCAGAGGUGCGAUGGUUUCGGCACGUUCGGCUUCGAUGUCCACCACCGCUAUUCCGAUCCGGUCAAGGGAAUUCUGGACCUAGAUGGCUUGCCUGAGAAGGGAAGUCUCCACUACUACGCCGCCAUGGCCCAGCGCGAUCGUCUUUUUCGCGGGAGGCAUCUCGCUGCCACCGCCGCCGAGUCUCCUCUCACUUUCGCCGCCGGCAACGACACUCUUCGCAUCGCUGGUCUCGGACAUCUGUACUAUGCAAAUGUUUCUGUGGGGUCACCAGGCUUAUGGUUUCUUGUGGCACUUGACACUGGAAGUGACCUGUUUUGGUUACCUUGUGAUUGUACUCAAUGCGUGACGGGUUUGAAGUCAGGCUCAGGAGACGAAAUUGACUUAAACAUAUACAGCCUUAAUAAAUCAUCGACAAGCAUGAAAGUUUCCUGUAACAGUACCUUUUGUGGAAAACAGAGACAAUGUUCAUCGAAACAUAAUGCUUGCGCUUACCAAAUUCAGUAUCUUUCUAAUAAUACUUCAUCUUCUGGGCUUAUAGUAGAGGAUAUCUUGCACUUAACUUCGGAUGACCGUCAAUUGAAGAAAGUUGAUGCACAGAUUCCAUUCGGCUGUGGCAUAGUUCAGACUGGUUCAUUUUUGGAUGGUGCAGCUCCAAAUGGUCUAUUUGGGCUUGGAAUGGAUAAUGUAUCUGUGCCUAGUGUUUUAUCAAAGAAGGGGCUGUCUGCAAAUUCCUUUUCCAUGUGUUUUGGACCAGAUGGAAUUGGGAGAAUUAGUUUUGGAGAUAAAGGCAGCUUAGAACAAGGAGAAACGCCUUUCAAUGUUCAUUCAUCACAUCCAACUUAUAAUGUUAGCUUGGAACAAAUUCUGGUUGGAGAUAAUGUCUCUGAUGUUAGUUUCAGUGCAAUCUUUGACUCUGGCACCUCAUUCACAUACCUGAAUGACCCAGCUUAUAAGGUUAUCUCGGAAAGUUUCAAUUCCCAGGCCAAAGAGAAGCGACAUCCCUCUGAUUCUCGGCUCCCUUUUGAGUAUUGCUACGAAUUAAGUUUAAAUCAAACAAUCUUUGAGAUCCCAUCACUGAAUUUUACCAUGCAAGGUGGAAAGCAAUUCUUUGUUACGGAUCCGAUUGUACAACUUUCUAUAGAGGGCGAAGGAAACUUAUAUUGUUUAGCUGUUGUCAAAAGUGAGGAUAUAAAUAUCAUUGGACAAAACUUCAUGACUGGCUACCGUAUUGUUUUCAAUCGCGAAAAGAUGGCUUUGGGCUGGGAGGCAUCCAACUGUUAUGAUACCACAAACUCCAACCUUCUACCCAUAAACCCGCAAAACUCUAGUGCAGUUCCCCCUGCAUCUACCGUGGAGCCACAAGCGACAUCAGGUCCUCAAAGUGGUUCUGAUAACCCCACUCCCAGUGCCGUGCCACCUCCAGAAAACAGUUCGCCGCAUCUGAAUUCUUUGGCGGGUACCCUAUUCAUGGCAUUCAUCUGCCUGGGUGUGCAUUAUUAUAUUAUUAUUGAUCCUUCCUGGUGAGGCAUUUUACAUCUCCUGCCCUGCUUCAUAUAUAUUUUUGUUGGCUUUCAUAUGCUAGUGUUCCGUCGGCAUUAUGUUAGGGGAAAGCAUGCAUACCCAGGCUUCCAAUUCUUUUGCUCUUUAGUCGCCACCUUCCAAUUCCGUCGGCAUUACGUUGUAUAUAUGUAUACACUUAUGAUUUUAGUCAACACAGCGUUGUAUUAACAAUGGAGAUAACAUUUAUACCCAUUUUUUUCCCCUAAUAUUUAGGAGUGGAUUAUUCCAACAGUAGUAAAUCUCUCUCCCUCACACGCACUAGGCCGGAGACAUUGCGAUCGGUGGUGGAAUUUUUGUUUUAAGUUCUUUUAUAUGAUGUGAUGACUGAAUUUCUGUUUCAAAGAUAGUAAUAGAAUAGCAUCCAUGUAAAACCAUUUAAAGCUUAUAUUUAUUAUAUAUGUUAAUAUGUA